AUGAAUACACGCCAGGCAAUCCAACCCUCGACAACCCCCAACGUCCUCUCUGUCGCCUUCUCCUCCUCCCGAAAGCGCUUCGUCGCGGGCUUGACGGAUGGACUGCGCAUAUUCCGCACGGAUAACUGUCUGACCACCCACCAUCCUGCCUUACCAGUGGCGUGCGUGGCUACCAUCGCCGAGGCUCUAGAUGACCGCUACGUCGCAUUUGUCUCGAGACAUAAAACGUCAGAAACUGGAGGGCCGAAUGUCGUCGUCUUCUGGGACGCAGUUCUUGAUCGGGAGCUCAGCAGAUUCGACUUCUAUGAACCUGUGUUGGGCUUGAGAUUGAGCUCAAAAUGGAUGGCUGUUGUGCUUGCUGAACGGACGAUACUGUUUCAGUAUCAGGAGAUUGCUGAGCCCGCGACGCCGAAGCUGGACACAGACAAUGACAGCAACCCAGAUGACGAUCGUGCAAAGAUUGGCCCCUUACGAGCCCCAAAUCUGGUGCAUUCCAUUUAUCCUACAUCACCGAACCCAUACGCACUGGCAUGCCUCUCAAACGAUACGCUACUUCUCCCUGCCCAGAGUAUCGGUCAGGCCCAGCUGAUCAACUUGAAGGCCGGCACUUCGAGUACGAAGCGUGUUCUGCGCGCUCACAACUCAUCUUUGAGAUGUAUAGCACUUUCUCAGGACAACUCCUUCCUGGCUACAACCAGCGAGCAGGGCACAUUAAUCAGAGUGUUCAGCACAACAACCCUCGACCAAGUGGCAGAAUUCCGCAGGGGAAUGGAUCAUGCCGUCAUUAAUGCUGUCGACUUUAGUCCGGGUAAUCGAUUUGUGGCCUCCACCAGCGACAAAGGAACUCUUCACAUCUUCGACCUGAGACCUUCUAACACUACGCAUACGGCAGCUUCAGCGAAAGAACGCGACGCCGAACACCGCAAACAUCGCAAAUCGCAAUCCUACGCUAGUCAUCGCAUGUCAGCGGGCUACGAUAAAGAGUCGAUCUCUGGCUUCUCCGUCGGCCGCUCCUCGCCAGCGCCGUCUACAGCCAUUGGGACUGGCGCUGGUGCUGCCGGCUAUCAUGGUAGCGUUCAAGAGUACUACGGACUUCGGCCCCCGCCAAUAUCUGCGUCACCACCCGCACGAGAUGCAGCUGUAUCCGCUGUGGCCGCACUGAAAGCUAGUCCAUUGACACCUCGUGCCUUCCGCGACCUUCGUAGUGUGGCUUCUGCACCAUUCUAUAUUGGUGAUGAUCCUCCGCACUGGCAAGGAGGCCCUUCACAUAGCUGGACAACGGCGCCAAAUGGCACGAGGAAGCGGAUCAAGAACGCCAUCUUGCCGCUCCCAAACGAGCCAUCUGGACGGCCACCCAAAGGCAUGAUAUCUUUCGCUCCUGUCGCGAAGGAUAGCAACGACGACCAAGGCGCAGCUCUGUAUGUAAUUGGAGGAGGUAAUGAUGCUCGCUGGGAAAUGUUUGAGUUGGUGCCAGCAGCAUCUGCGGACGGAAGUGCGGGCUGGGCAUUGAUCAAUCGAGGUUUCAGAAAAUAUCUGACCCGACAGUUUGCAGAUUGA